AUGUCUGAAUACUCUUUCGACGGACGACGCCUCCGGCGGCCUCUUCCUGCCUCAACCGUCUUCCACGGCGGCUCUACGACGGGUGCCGUUCCCCGUGGCCUCCCUGCGUACGGUCCUUGGGUCGAGCCCGGCCUUCCUCGUACUCAGGCUUUCGCCCCCCCUCGGGACGAGUCGUUACCCCCAGAGCGUGUCUUUCACGCCCCUCCUCAGCGAAUCGCCCAUCCUAUUCAAACGCCAACGCGAAAUCACGCUCAUGAACACUUUGCCCUCGAAACACAGGACUUCUGCACCCCGCAUUCUGCCAAGGCUUUGCCCCCAGCCGACUCCUAUGGCGCUGCUCCCUUUCCAUAUCAAACAGAUCCCAGCAACUCGGCGCACUACCCCUCUGGUCCUCCUGCUGCCCCCGCGCGAUGA